CACCAGACAUAAAGCGCACUCAAGCUUUCCCUCAAACGCCUGCCAAGUCCUUCCCUUUUCGUUUCCCUCAUCUUUCUUUUCCCUUUUUAAGCUUCAUCGUCCGGCAUAUUGCUUCAAGGCCUUUCUGACCUCAUUCUCCUGCUGCACUUGAGGCCACCCAAAUCUCUCGAAGCAAUCUCAGUUGCAGGAUCUCUGAAACCUAUAUCAGGAGCUGAAAGAUCUUCAAAACCAAUCUCCAAAACUGCCACUUUUCUUAACAGAGACUUGAAUCUUUGAGAAAGUAUGGUGGUAUUAUCAAAUCCGGUACUAGACCAUCUGCCACUGACAAAGAACCAGAAGCCAACCAACUCUAUGUCUCUCCCCAUUAUAGACCUCUCCAUGUCAGAUAGUAAUACUAUGAUACUGAAGGCAUGUGAAGAAUUUGGUUUCUUCAGAGCCAUCAACCAUGGCAUCCCGAAGGAGCUCAUAUCAAGGUUGGAGGAGGAAACAGCUAAGUUCUUUUCACUCCCCUUGUCCGAGAAGGAAAAAGCAGGCCCUGCUAAACCAUUUGGUUAUGGCAACAGAAGAAUAGGGCCUAAUGGGGACGUUGGCUGGCUUGAGUACCUUCUCUUGCAAGCCCAUCCUCAAUUCAUUUCCCAGUUUUCGUUGCACGUUUCUAAGAAAACAAGUUCUUUCUGUGAGGCAAUCAAUGCAUACACAUUUGCAGUAAGGGGUUUGGCUUGUCAAAUACUUGAACAGAUAGCAGAGGAAUUGAAAAUUGAACCAAGGAAUACCUUCAGCCAGUACUUGAUGGACAAACAGAGUGACUCUGUUUUCAGGCUGAAUCAUUACCCACCAUGUCCAGCUUUGGUAGAUCUGAAGUACAAGCUGAUUGGUUUUGGGGAGCACACUGAUCCACAGAUACUAACAGUCUUGAGAUCAAACAACACAGCUGGUCUAGAGAUAUGCUUGAGAGAUGGCAGUUGGCUUCCUGUCCCUCCCGACCCUAAUUCAGUUAUCGUCAAUGUUGGUGAUGCCAUGCAGGCUCUUACAAAUGGAAAGUUCAGGAGCGUGAAGCACAGAGUUGUGGCUAAUAGCAAGAAGUCUAGACUGUCGAUGAUUUAUUUUGGCGCCCCCUCCCUGACUGCAAAGGUGGCACCAUUGCCGUUGUUCUUAAGAGGAGAAAAGGCUAUAUAUCAAACGUUUACUUGGUAUGAAUACAAGAAAGCUGCUUAUGCAUCAAGGUUAUCAGACAAUAGGCUUGAUUUAUUUAGAACAGAAGAGAAAGAAGCAGGUGACACAGCAUAAAGUUCUACAAUGCAUAUUUUUGUUCCUCACCUUUCUUAUCUUCAUUUCCUUUUUUCGUGCAUCUUUUUGGGGAUGAAGGAUAUCGUUGUUCUAAUGGUAAAACACUUGCCUAAAAAGGACAAGGAAAAGUAGUUAUUAUGUUUCUCAGGAAAAUGUAUCUAGCAUCUCAAUAAUGAGAUUUUAAUAUUCUUUUAUUGCUUGUGGGGUUUUUUUUUUAAAAAAAAAAAUUCGGUUGGGUCCGAGGGAGGCACAUCAAGCAUCAGCUUGUUUUCUUUUUAUUUCUUAGAGGGAUACUGUGAUCACGUAUCUGGACCCUGACCAGAAGCAGCAGAUAACCUGGAAAUUUUAUUAAAUUCAGUAAAUGCUCUGAAUUCUCUUCUGACUUGAUGCAAUCGAGAAGCGCCAUCCCUAUGAUGAUGGGAACCAAAAUCAUCUUUGCAGAAGAUCACCUGAAGAGCCAUUGAUUGAAAUAACCUGCUUCUCUCAGCAGCAUAAGGUCUUGAGUGUCUUCAAUUGGAGGAACCUGUUUUCAUGCUCCCACAAAGCGGAAACUUUUCCCUUAAACUUUGGCAGAAGAAAUGCCCACCUCAUGGCUGGAAGGCAUUGAGAUGAAGCACCAGAACGAGAAGAAUCCAAUUCACUACUCUGCUGAUCUGCCCAUUUUAUUGGAAGGCGAAGGUGUAAACGCAAGUUGCCCGGUAACAGAAUUAAAUUUGUUUUUCUGGAUUGCCUGUAAUAUUCUUCAUAAAGGAUGACAGAGUGCCCCUGAUCCCGAAUCCAUUUGAUCCUGCUUCUCCCACCCACAACAAAGGAAAGGAAAAGGUGUGAAUUUGGAAGCAUUCUUGAGAAGUGAGAGCUCACGGACUAAAUUCCCACUUUGAAUUUGUUCUUUUCAUUAAAGUUUUAGAAGCGUUAGUGGUCUAUUUCUUGUCA